AUUGUGCAUUCAAGAACUUGACAAAUUUGUAGUUCGUACUAAAUUGAUUCAACUGUGAUGGCUUCAAUGCAGAGUCCACGAAAAUUCCCACAACAUCAGGAUUGGGUUAUAGACAUAAUUCGAAGCCUUGAAGAAGAAUUCGAGAGUAACGUUGAUGAAACUAGCGUUGCUGUGAGCAUCUUCAACAUGCCAAAAACCCUUCUUUUGUCCAAACCUGAAGCCUACGUUCCCCACAUGGUUGCCAUCGGUCCUUACCAUCACGGCCGCUUAGAGCUCUUCGAGAUGGAGCGUUACAAGCUCAUAUCUGUGAAAAGAACGCAGAAAAAACUCCAGAGACCCUGCGCCAAGUUCCACGAUUUGGUGAACCAAUUCGCCGAACAAGACACCAUAAUCCGUGCUUGUUUUCACAGGUUCUUGGAUUUUGACCGCCGAACACUGUCAUGGAUGUUGGCAAUCGAUGCCACCUUUUUAUUGGAGUAUCUUCAACCUUAUGCACGCAGAAAAGGAGGAGGUCCGCAGUUCACUCGAGUGUCAUCUUUGACGGCUCAUUUAAUCGAUUACACUCGAAGAAAAUCGGCGCACCAAGCAAUACUUAGAGAUAUUACUAUGAUGGAGAACCAGAUUCCUCUCUUUUUGGUUAAAAAGGUGCAUGUGUUUUACAAACAUGAAAGUGAUGAGAGGGAUUCUGACGAAGAAUUUGUCAUGAUGUUGAUGGGGUUUUGCAAAGAUUUGUCUCCGUUGAAAAUCAGAGAUAACCAACGUCUCAGAGACGAAUGUUUGAGCCAUUCUCACCUUCUGGAGCUUCUCUACAUCGCCGUUACGCCGGAAGUAGUUCAAACUGGAGCCGGUAUUGAAGAAAUUGGUUACCAGAAGGCAAAAGGUGAAAAUCAUGAUGAUCUUCACAAAGAGAAGAGCUACUUAAUCAAAUGUUUUAAGGCAAUAUUAGCCUUUAUGUUUUUUAUUUAUUCAUCCAUUAUCAUCUUGCUGGGACGAAUUUGCAAGUCAAAAUUAUUUGACAUAAUCUGUACCAUAUUGAAAAAGUUGUUUCGUAACAAAACGAAAGCCAUUGAAGCAUUCAUGGAAUCAACACAAGACGCCACCGAAGAAGCCGAAAAUGUUUCCAGUAUAAAAAACGAAACUCCAUCGAUCGAAGAAAUCGAAAUUCCAAGUGUCACAGAACUCUCCAAAAUCGGCGUCAGGUUUUCUCCAUCAGAAGGUGGGUUAGAGAGCAUCAAGUUCGACAAAAAUAAUGGCAAAUUCUAUCUUCCUGUAGUGGAUUUGGACGAUAACUCCGACGUCGUUUUAAGGAAUCUGGUGGCAUACGAGGCAUCAGUUGCACCAGAAACAAUGAUAUUUACGCGUUACGUUGAACUGAUGAACGGGCUGGUUGAUACGGCGGAGGAUGUGAAGAGAUUGAGGGAGGCGGGUAUAAUAUUGAAUCGACUGAAGAGUGAUGAAGAGGUAGCGAAUCUUUGGAAUGGAAUGACUUUGAGCGUGAAGAUGACCAAGGUUCCGGUUCUCGAUAAGGCGAUCGACAGUAUAAAAAAAUAUUAUUCAGGGUUGUGGAAAGUGAAGAUGAAGAUGACGAUGAAGAAAUACUUGUUUAAUUCAUGGCCAGUGUUUACUUUUCUUGGAGCUUAUCUUCUGAUAUCGCUGUCAGCUGUGGAGGCUUUUUGUUCGGUUUAUAAAUGUUCCAAUUGGAUGAAUCAUUUAUGAUCACAAGUGACAUGGUCGAGUAUUAUCUUAUUGUUUAUUUAAAUUUUUUUAAAUAUAUGAUAUGAUUAUGUGUGUAUUCGUUUAUACAUUGCUUUAUUAUUUAUGAUUUAUCUUGUAAUGUAAUUAAUAUUAAAAUUAUCGAA